AUGCCCUCCAUGAAUGAUUGGAAACACAAGCUGAAACGGCGCAAACACAGGUGGGAUAGCUCGGAUCCCGACCGUGCGCCUCCGCCGCUGCCGUUGAAUCCUCGUUCAAUGAGUCCGGCGACAAAGUCCAAUGUCUCGCCCAAUAUCCAGGCCGUCGCGGCCAAGUUUGCAGACAAGCCGAGCGAGAACGCUCCGAGCUCUUACACAACAAACCCCAUGCCACUCAAAUCCUCAUCCCCCGAGAGGUCCUUGGUAAAGGGCCACUACCAUAAGCGCAUGCAGCCUCUACAGCCCGGGGACUCCCGUGGGGACGCGCGCUCCGAGUUUAUGAACUACCUUGAGAGUCGUUCUCCCGAGAGACCGCUCCGGACCUCGGUUGUCGAGACGUCAACCAAGCAACAGGAGACGACCAAGUCCGCCGGUUCCCCGACGAGCCGCCAGGAAUCGGAGAAAGAAACUGCCAACUAUUCGGUCGCUAGCCGGUACUUAUCCCGGCCCAUCCUCGGAGAGAGCACCCCUCCAUCAGCAACCAUGCUGGCCCUUCAAAAUAUGCAGCUCCCAGUAGAGCCCGACCCUCCAUCACCCUCUAAGCCUCCCAAGAUGAUUUCCGCACCUUCCUCAUCACACGAACCCACCUCCCACAGCAUGGAGACCCUUUCGUCUCAGAUUCACAGCCUUACCGAUAUCGCGAGUAAUUUGCAGCGUGAAAUGUCAAAUCUGAGCCGCCGAAGCAAGGACAACGCCACCGACUUGAUCAGCCUCAAGGCCGCAACGAACUCCCGUGAUGAGGACAUUCGCAAGAGUCUCAAGGAUUUGUCCAGCAGCUUGACCACCAGGUUUCUGGAAGGUGAUAUACCAAGGUUUGAUCUCGGUGAUCUCUUGAAGCCUAUCGACGGGAUUAACGCCAAGGAACCGGAUAGUUCUCCCAACUCGAAGAGAAGCUACUCUGCACCACGCAUGCCGAGUCCAAACCCCUUUGCCACGUUGGACCGCGACGUGUGCGGGUCACCGGCGCCGAUCUCCGACGGCUCAGCCAGCAUCGCUCUUCUCGAAAAGGUACUGCGAGAAAUGGCCACCAAAGAAGGUGAGGAGAAGCUGUUGGAGCUGGUGGACGAGAUCAAAUCACGACCUGCUGCUACGCCCUCAGAUAAGGUUGCAGACACGAAAGUCACAAAUAUGCUCGAGGAAAUCUUGAACCUUGUGAAAGAGGACCCAACCAGCAGGGCACUUGUACGUUCCAAAGGCAUUGCCGACAACCUCGAUAGCCUCCAGCCUGGCGAUGACAACAUCGAAGGGGCUCGACCUCGACCACUUGGGUCUGUGGAAACGACAGCGCUUCAUGCGCUCGCAAAGCAUGAGGGCGGCGAGCGCUCGGAGGAAAGUUCAGAUGAAAUCCUGAAUAUUCUCCGAAGUGUGAAGAAUAGCGUCAUCGAAGGAGGUGGAAUGACAAACGGAGUCAAGGCGUUGGUUCGAGAACUGCGAGGUGAGGUUCUGGGCAUGGGUCGGAAUCUCGCCCGGAAACUGGAGGACAUUGAGUCCAACCGGGCCAACGACGAGCAGCAGCGGUCCCAAGGCCCUGGCUCCGAAGAGAUUGCUGCUAUCGUUGAAGACAGCCUCCAAGAGCUCAGGGAUCAGCUGGCUGCCACCAUGAACGAAAGCCGACAUCACUCUUCAGCACUGUCCGAGCUGCAGUCAACCAUGAACAGCGCCGAAAUCUACUCUGUUGUUAAGAGAGCCCUGGAUGAGAUUGAGCUUCCUCAACCCCAAUCCGGACCGCGGGGGGCUACCAUGGAGAAAGACGACAUCCUCGAAACUGUGCGCGAGGCAUGGGAGACUUACAAGCCUGAGAUCGAACUUCAGAAUUUUGGUCUCGAGCGAGACGAGAUCUUGGACUGUCUGUCAGAAGGGCUGAAGUCUUAUCAGCCGCAACAUGAGCAAGCUGUGACCUACGAUCAGGUUCUAGCUGCUGUUCAAACUGGGCUCCAAAACUUCGUGCCGCCGAUGCCGGACCACCCGCCAUCUAUCAGCAGAGACGAAAUUAUUCUGACCAUCCGCGAGUGCCUUGAGAAGCCCGAGCCUGCGACGAGAUCCAUGGACGAGGAAUAUCUCAAUUCCAUCCGUGACGAGAUUCUCAACGCUGUGACUGGGUCCUUGACUACCCAAAGCACGCUUAGCAAGGAUUCCCUCGACUCUGGUCUGGGCCACGAUGAGAUUGUGAGUGCCAUCUCGGAUGGACUGGAGGCUCAUUUUACGGCAGCCAAGGAGAUUGAGGAGCCGCGCAUCUCAAAGGUGGAUGUUGUUAACGCCGUCAACGAUGCUUUCAACGUCCAGCACUCUGCCCUCAGUACGAGUCCCCAGGCCAACAUUUCUCGUGAUGAGAUCUUGCACGCCAUCGCUGAGGGCAUGGAAACUUCAAUGAACAGCGAGCGAUCUGCUCUUAGCACCAAUGCCGAGCCAAGCAUUUCACGCGAGGAGAUUUUGCAUGUCAUUGCCGACGGUAUCGAGAGCUCGAUCACUGCCCAGCAGGCUACUCUCACUGCCAACUUGCAGCCGAGCAUUUCCCGCGAUGAAAUUUUGAACGCCAUUGCAGAUGGUGUUGAAGGUUCAAUCAAUGCCCAGCAAUCUGCUCUCACCCAAUCAACCAUUUCGCGCGACGAGAUCCUCCAUGCUAUUUCUGAAGGGCUGGAAACCUCAGCCAACGCCGAGCGAUCCGCACUCAGCACCAAUACAGAGCCCAGUAUUUCUCGUGAGGAAAUUCUGCACGUCAUUGCAGACGGCAUCGAAAGUUCAAUUGCCGCUCAGCAGUCUGUCCUCAACAAUUCCCAGCCAAGUAUCUCUCGCGAUGAGAUCUUGCAUGCUAUCACCGAGGGACUCGAAAUUUCAGCGCACGCAGACCAAUCUGCAUUGGCUACAAAUGCGGAGCCGAGUAUCUCUCGUGGUGAGAUAUUGCAGGCCAUCGCCGACGGGAUCGAAAGCACAAACUCAGUCACCCGGGAAAUUGAACUGAACAAGGACGAUCUCAUGGAUGCUAUCUCAUCGGGUCUUCACGAGGCAACCAACUCUGCGAACGCCAAUGUGGGCGAACAAGUCUUGGAGAGACUUCAAGAUCUACUUGAUGGAAUGAAGGAGGAAUUCAAGCAGUACUCCACCGCCAACGGAAAAGAUACCGAACAGGUCCUCGACGCCAUCAAGGAUGGCCUGCACGUCGUUCGGAAGGAGAUCGAGUCGUAUACCCUGACAGCGGCUGACAUCUCCGGAAAACACGAGAUCAUUGACACUGUCAAGGAAGGAUUCCGACUCCUCCAAGCCGACAUGGAGAAAACAAUUACAGACACGUCUUUGUCCAAUGAAUCCCGCGGUGUUCCGGACACCCCGGAGCUCCUCGAUGCCAUGGAAAAGGAAUUCGAACACCUACGCCAGACUAUUGGGACUCUACUGGUACGAGACGGCGCCCCCAGCGACAAAGACGAGAUCUUGGAUGCCAUUCGCGACGUUUUCGAUCCGCACAAGAACCGAGAUGACAGCGAAAAUGUGAUCAGCGCCAUCAAAGCGGAAUUUGAGAACCUUCGUGACCGUAUCGAUAUGAGCGUUGUUCGUUCAGAACCUGGGUCUGAGAAGAACGAGAUUAUUGCUGCCCUCCAAGAGCAUUUCGAUACCCUGCGGGACGAAACGUCGCAACGAAAAGACGGCAACGAAAGCAUGCUUUCUGCCACCAGCGAACUUCUCGAUGCAUUCAACGAUGGCAUCGACUCAAUCCGUGAUGACCUGAAAAAGGUUUUGGACAAACCCGCCGAGUUUGACAGCGCGGAGAUCCUCGACACCAUCAAAGAUGGCCUUGCCGACCUGAAACUCGAAAUGGAUUCUCUACGCCAAUCUCAAAAAGAAAAGGAUGACGCCAGCACGACUCGCGGUGGUGAACUCAUGCUUGCCCAGGACUCGGCUCUCGGAGGCGACGUUGACAGCCUGAAGACCCUCAUUACCCAACUAUAUGACAAGGUCGAAGCCAUUGACUCCACACCUCGUGCCGCUGAGCCCUCAGAAGAUUCCUUGAAGCGUUCACACCUCGACGAGGUUCUUGUCGCGCUUCAGGAAGUCCAAAUCACUGUAGCCGAUAUUGGUACCAACCGAAAUGUCGAAGGGACAGCGCGCAAAGAAGAUACCGACGCCAUUGAAAAUCUGCUCAUGAGCACCAAGGCCCAAAUUGAAGACAUGGUAUUUCCGUCGCCGGACGAAAUUGCAACCUCUGAACAAAUCGGUACUCUAGAAAGAAUCAUUCGCGAGGCCAAGGACUCGAUUGCUGACCUGUCUGCUCGUUUGGAGGCCGAGGCUCCGACCAAGUCUGAAAUUGGCACCCUGGAGGGGCUCAUCAAGGAUGUCUGGGUUGCCUUGGACGAGUUGAAGGGCAAGACCAAGGAUGGCGAGGAGGAACAGGAGGAAGGAUCUGAAAAGCUGCUUAAGACUGAUCUGCAAACCGUGGAAGCAAUGAUCUUUGAGGUGAAGUCACAAGUUGAUGAGCUCAAACUCCCCGACGUUGAGACACUCCCUACCAAAUCCGACAUUCAGGACCUUUCUGCUUUGGUCACCGAUUUUCGAGAGAAGCUGGAGGCGGAAAAUGAGCAGACCGCGCAAGGCUUUGAGGCCCGCAAGGUUGAGCACGCUGGUUUGGCCGAGAAGAUCGAGGAGGCCAAAUUUGUUGUCAGCGAACUUGGCGAUGACCUCAAGAGAAAGCUCGACGGUAGCAGUGAAGGGCUUUCCGAGCUCAAGCAAGUUCUCGAAGGCCUUGCUGUCACCGCAGAAAACUUCAGCACCGUCGAAAACAUCAAAGAGCUCACCGAUCUCAUUAACCGCGAAUUCGAGCGGGCUCGUGGAGAAGAGGAAGCGGGCAAGCUUGAGAAGGAGGAGCGAGACGUUGCUUCCAUGGUCAAACACGACGAGACCCGGGCCGCCAUCAUUGUUGAACUCGGGGCUAAGAUCGACGAGAAAGUCAGCGAAGUUCUGGCGAAAUACGACGACGCGCAUGCUUCGCUGCACUCCAAGUUCUCCGAGUCCGAGGAGCGGGACCUGGCGCACACCGAAGCUGUCACGGGCACCAAGGCCCUCGCAGAAGAUAUCAAGCUUGUCAUUGGUGCCAUGGGCAACAGUGUCAAUGAGUCUUGCGAACGGAUUGGCGUGGACACCAAGACACUGUUUGAGAGAGUUGAAGAGUCUCAGCACCGGAUGGAGGAGAUGCAUAACGAAGCAAAGGCGCAGCAGGAGCAAUCUCGAGCCGAUACGGAGAGAGCUGCUGCUGCCACUGACCGCGUCGAGAGCAAGCUUCUUGAAUUUCACCCCCAGAUCCUGGAAACCGUCCAACAUAUCCUGGAGGUUGUUAGCCAACACUAUGACCACUCUCAGAAGUCGGCGGAGGAGUUCAAGACUGAACUGUCGUCUUUGCCUUCGACAAUUCCCAACCUCCUGCCUGCGCUGCCUCCCGCUGAGUCGGAUCGUAGUCUUGACUUGGGCACUGAGAACAACCCCGUGCACGACAAGCUUAACGAUAUCCUGGAGCACGCCAAGAACAAUCAGGUGCACGAGGUUCUGAACACUCUCCUCGACCACUCGAAGCACGAUCAGCUCCACGAGAAGCUCGACCGGGCCCUUGAUCAAGGUUCUGGCUCGAAUGAACAGAUCUAUGACAAACUCAAUGAGCUCCUCGACCAUGCAACCAAUGGCAACGGCCCCGUCCAUGAAAAAUUAGACGUUCUCCUCAGUCGCACCUCGAACUCGACGAAUUCGAUGAACUCCGAGCACUCUGUUACGCAGAUGAUGAAGCUGGAUGAGAUGCACAAGGACAUCAUGGAAAACUCUCGCCGAAUGAACGAGAUGUUCACUGCACAGUCUGUCAUGGUUGCUGAAGAGAAUGAGCGGAAGCGACGCGAGGCCGAGGAUGCUGCCAUUGCUCUCGAGAGGAGAGUGGCUCAACGGGAGCAAGUCGAGGCUGACAUUGUUGGCUUGAACGAAGAAAAGGACUCUCUGCUGAGCAUUAUCCACACUCUGAAGGCUGAGAAGGAAGAAAUUGUGAAGCAGAACGCGAAAAUGAGCAAGGAUCUGUCCGGCCUUGAGACGGCUCUCGAGAUCCGCCAUGAAGAGAUGCAGCAGAUGGAGGACCGUGCAGAUGGCCUGGAGAAACGUAUCCUGGAGGGUGUACUUGACCAUGCUCGCACUGUGCUCCUUAGCCGAUCGAACAGUGUGCAGUCCAUGAAUCUGAAGAGAAACCGCAACUCGCACACUGGUGCCCGCAGCCCUAGCGUGACAAGCACUGCUAGCACCGCCAAGGACCCCAGGGACUCAAGGGACAAUCGCAGUCUGCUUGGCAACGGUGUGGGGAUGGCUCUCAAACGCCGUAUGCCGACCUCGCUGCAAUGUGGAACGACCGCAGUCCAGCCCAACAUCGGCAAGGAGCGUCGUAUUCUCAGCUUGAGCCAUGUUACGGGCAACCGGGGCGCGGAACGUCAGGUUAGCGCCAACAGCGGCAUCACAAACCUGAAGCGCAGUCACUCGGUCAAGUCCAACUAUUCGCUCCGCAAGGCUUCAUGGGGUGGCCGAAGCUCCGUUGCCAACAAGGAAAACGAGGCCUUCCCCGAGGAGGAAGAGCCUGAGAGCGGACCGGAGAGUGACGCUGGGACAGAGCGGAGGACGAGCUACACUGGGACGUGCACUGAUAGCAUGAUGUACGGAACCGAAAGUGUGGUCUCCGCUCAUCGUCGUGCUAGCGGUAUGAGCUCUACCACCGGGCUUGUCACUGCCACGGGCUCAGUUGCUGGAGAGGACCACGCAGAACAAUUGCAUCACGGGCCAGACAGUGCAUCUGAGUCCGAAGACGAUGCGCAGACCGCGCGAGGGGAUGAUGACAACGACGAGCUGCACGAUGCUCCGGAGGAGCCAAGUUCGGAGUUCAAUCAGGCAGUCGAGGCAGAGGUUCUGAAGUUGUUGGCGCCGCCCAGUGACAGCGGGCUGGGUACGGAUAUGGUUGUUUCCUCUUCUUGA